GAGGAAACAAGGAGAGUCAGUUAAACAAGGCAUCAUAAAGAAAGACGAAACGCAGUCAUUUAGUGUUCCCCUUUAUGACUGACGGGUCUGUUCGUCUCCUCGUAACUGUGGGAAGGUUGAACAGCAUGGAAAACUCCACGGAAUGGAGCAACAUUUCACUCGACUCUGGAUUUGAGCCCUGUGCCACAUUGAGGAGCUCCGGUUCAAGAGUCGCCCUCUACAUCUUCAUCAUCACCGGGAUCGUUUGCACAGUUGUUGGCAACUUCCUGGUGGUUCUUGCAAUUGCUUACUUCAAACAGCUUCAGUGCCCUACAAACUCUUUCGUGAUGUCUCUGGCUGUUGCUGACUUCCUGGUGGGGCUGGUGGUAAUGCCAUACAGUAUGGUCAGAACGGUGGAAGGAUGUUGGUAUUUCGGCCCAACCUUUUGCCAUCUUCACUCCAGCUUGGACGUUAUGCUCUGCACAGCCUCCAUCUUCCAUUUGAGCUGCAUUGCUUUUGACCGCUACUAUGCCGUCUGCAACCCGUUGGUGUAUUCGUUUAAGAUGUCCCGUAAACGUGUGGGUCUGCUGAUUGUGGUUUGCUGGGCCAUUCCUUUCCUCAUCUCCUUCGGCCCAAUUCUCCUCGGGCUGCACAAGCUUGGCAUGGACGUUCCUUUGACUGACAACAUGUGCAUCUUCUUGGUAAACCGCGUUUAUGCCGUAAUGGCGUCCCUUGUUGCAUUUUACCUGCCUAUGGUGACGAUGUUGGUGGCCUACUGGAAGAUAUACAAAGCGGCAAAGCGGCAAGCCAUGCAGAUAAGCGCGAUGGAGGCGCAGAUGGCGGCAGGUGUGGGCAAGGAUUCGAGCAAGAAGCAAAAACAUCGCAACUCUAUGAGGAGAGAAAGAAAAGCAGCCAAAACUCUGGGCAUCAUCAUGGGGGUUUUCCUUCUUUUCUGGUUGCCGUUCUUUACUGUUAAUAUCGUCGACCCCUUCAUUGAGUACGGGACUGCUGCUGUGAUUUGGGAUGUGUUCCUGUGGUUGGGGUAUGUCAACUCCUCCCUGAACCCUUUCCUCUAUGGCUUCUUUAACCGAUCCUUCCGUAGGGCUUUCCUCAUGAUCAUGGGCUGCAGAAUAUGUCUGCACGGCUCAGUUCAAGGAAUGGACCUCUCUCACUCAAAAAGAGAUGCCAGUGAGCGCACUGAUAACCACUAGACUGUUUACCUAAUAAAUUAUCCCAAACUUGUUACUGUCCAGCACAUAUGGUCAAAUAUGUUUUUUGGGGUGGCCAAAAUAUUGUUAAAGUAUAGACUUUAGUGUCUUUGUUAUUGCGCCUGCCUCCCGUGCCAGAAAUCCUGCUGAGGGGUACGUUUCCCAAAAGCAUCAUUAGCUAACUUUGAUUGCAUGUUCUAUUGAACUAGAUGGAAAUUGUGAUCAUAGUUGCUUUCGGGAAGUGCAACCCAGGACAAGUGAGGUGGGGAGAAG